AUGGAUGUUAUCGUGAAGGCAUGGGAAUCACUCGAAUGGGAGAGCUUUCAACAACGCGUCGAAGAAGAAAUCAAAGCCAUCGAAUUCCGACAGGAUGCUGAUGAUGUGUCGAAGAAAAGUUUAUUGGAAGAAAGUGCAGCUUACAGAGAAGCAACAACAAAGGAAACCCGAAAAGUUGCUGUGCCCCUUAUAAAAGCUUUUCAAAGCGAAGUUGAUCGUUUGUCAAGUUGUAACAAAGCUUCCGAAGCUUCUUUAAUUGAUAUUUGUGCCCGUGUUGUCAACCUGCCAGAUCCUUUGCCAAUCUUACAGAAAGCUCCAGCUUGGAAAGUUCAGGCUGAGAAAACGAACAACGCAAUCGAGGAAGCUGAGCAGUUGAGAAAUUCUAUUUCUGAUUUACACGCGGAGUUCGCAGACUUGCAAAAUCAAGAUGUCACCAUUCGUAAGUUGCGAGAACGCAUAAAGCAGCUUGAGGGCGAGAAAACAAACGAGGUCGAGCAAUCCAUUACUGACACUGAACGCAAACUAAAAGAGGAGUUUGUUGCUCGCGAGUUUGAAAUGAAUAUGCGAGCAGAAAAACUUAAAAAUGAAAAUGUUUUAUUGGAGAAAAAGGUGACUGAGCUGGAAAUAAAAAUGAGAGACGCCCAGCGUAAGCUUGAUGUUGCUCGCAUGCGAGCUGAUCAAAAAGAAACGUUGGAAUCGGAACAGUUAGAAAUUUUAAGUCGCGAUUUAGAAUCUGCUAAUCGUCGAGUGUCCAUAUUGGAACGUGAAGUUGAGCGUUUGACCAAUGAUCUGGCUGAAGCUCAAACGGCUUCAAAGCGGGGAGGAUUAGAGGAUAUAGCUGUUAUUGGCUGUUUGAUGAAAGAAAAAGAUGACCAGAUAGCACGCCUUCAAGCGGAGAACUUACGAUUGUCAGAUUCUAUCCAAGUUGAUAGUAAAUCGUUCAAAUUGAAGUAUGAGAAUCUUGAGAAGGAUGUUAAGCGACAGACUGAUAUGAUGAAAGAGUUGCAGUCGAAACUUAUUGAUCAACAAGAUUAUGAUGCAAUUAAGAAAGAAUUAAGGUUAUUGAGAGAAAUAGAGUUUGGAGAAGCAGCAUCCGCUAAUGAGGACUCUAUAUUGAAACUUGGGGAGACGGUACAAACGCUUGAUAAGCUUCUUGCUGAGAAGAAUCGUCGUUUGCAAAACUCUAAUGCAGAGCUUCGGGUAUCAAACGAUAAGUUCAAAGGAGAUGAUAUUAUGCAAGCCAUUUUGGCCGGUAGUCAUCAUUCCGUAGUUGAAGCUGUUUCGAAACGUGUCGGAAAAGAAGUUGUUGAGCAGUAUGUUGAUCCUGAUUUAGAAUCGGCUUUGGAUCGACAAAUUGAAAGAGCUAAAAAAGCUCAAGACAAAUUGCAAACUUCUGACACAACAACGAUUGAGCCGAAGAAAGAAGAAAAGACAAAUCUUCUUAAAAUUCUUAUGGCACAAUCAAAUAAUUCUGUUAGUUUACGAACAACUAGAAGACAGCCAACUCCGCCAUUAUCUUCGAAUGCCAGAAAGAAUAGUGAUGCGAUUACAAAAUCCGAUAUACCAUUUGAGCAGUUUCGAUAUUCGCCAAAGCUCACAAACUACUCGGGAGAGCCGUCAAAGACUCCUCAAGAAGUCAAAGCUAUUCAAGAAUUGCAAUCCAUUGUUGCUUCCAAUAUAAGAUCGUUAGGAAAUCGUGCAUUAAACACUGCCGAAAUUGCAAAACAAUGCAAACGACUCAUGGUGGCAUACAACAUUGGUCAACGACUCUUCGCCAAAUACGUCAUGAAUCAGUCUCAGGGAUCACUUAGUGAAUUACUUUCUAAACCUCGACAUUGGAGCAAAUUAACCGAUAAGGGAAGAGAAGCUUUCCGACGUAUAUAUGGAUGGAUAUCUGAUGAUGGAGCAAUUGAAGCUCUCUGUUCUCUGAGCCCACGAAGAGUUUGGCCGAACGAUUCUGAAGUCAAAGUUGAUCAUCCCUCUUGUGAAUCAUUAUGGGAAAGUAAUAGUAAUAAACUACCUCCUGAAGAGCCAGAUGAUAAAAUUAUUAAAAGAGUUUCAUCUGCGCGGGAAGAUCAGUAUCGUUUGGCGGGAACCACACAGGCAGCUAACUCAGGAUCCUCGCAAAGGAAUAGCAGAUGGCGUCAUGAUGACAUUCCCAAGGAAAAAAUAAUGAGCAUCUUCCAAUCAGAGCUUGCUAAGCUUCGGGAGCAGGAGACUAACCUAGAAAGAGCAAUAGCUAGUCGCACUAUAACAGGAGGCCAUGUAAGAAAGAUGGAUGAUCUUAAUUCAUCUUACCAUGAAAUGUCUCAGAGUGAACGCAUGGCAUCCAUUAAUCACGCACAUCAGGUGAUGUGUGCUAGAAUGAAAGCUGGUCUAACACCUAUUACUCAAGAAGAAUUCGAAUUGUUCGGUCAUAUUGAUACAGAAGAUAUUGUUCGGCAAAUCAAAGAUUUUCUCUCUAUGAACUCCAUAUCACAACGACAGUUUGGAGAACAUGUACUUGGUCUCAGCCAAGGCUCUGUCUCUGAUCUUUUGGCCAGACCCAAACAAUGGAAUAUGCUCACUCAAAAAGGACGUGAACCUUUCAUUCGUAUGAAGUUGUUCAUGCAAGAAGUUGCAUUGACUGCUGAACGAUCUCGAGAGUCCAGUGAAUUCUGUGAAAAGGAAUCUUCAGUAGAAUCGAACGAUGAGAUCAUUGUGUUAGAUGAGAGAUCUCCUUCUCCCAAAGACAAUCCGCUGCAUGCAAUUAUAACAAGAACACCUUUAGAUCUUGAAAAAAGAGAGGACAGCCCCUGCUCACCUUCUGAUCAAUCCGCUCUUGUUGAUGGUCCGGAUGAUUUGGACACUGGCUCAUUAGUACGGAAAGUUAAGGAUAGGCUUCAUAUUCACGGCAUUUCACAAAGGAUGUUUGGAGAAACUGUUUUGGGAAUAUCUGCUGGCGGAACUUCUGAAAUAUUUCUUCGACCACGACCUUGGAAUACUCUCAACUGUCGUGCGAAAGAGCCUUAUUUAAAAAUGAAAAUUUUCUUAGAGGACAAAGAUGCCAUAAUUAAAUUGCUCACAAAGGAGAAGCUGGAGCCUUCCUCACCUCCUGCGAUUCCUGACACUACACCUAUCAAUAUGAAUGGUAAACGAUCAUCCACUUAUGUUGUAGUUGAUACUCACAUUCCAAGAAAAGUUCAGAGAACUGUGAUAACUGACCAACAGAAAGAAGCUCUCCGGUUUGUUUUUCAACACGAGCAUCAUCCGAGUCAGAAAACUAUUGAGCUUUUAGCGUUAAAAUUGAACUUGAAUAUCCGAACUGUAAAUAAUUGGUUCCAUAAUCACCGUACGAGGCAAAAAGCAAGUCUGAAAGAAGGAAAAAUUUAUUCUUCCGCAGUUGCAUCUCUUCCUAAGAGUAAAAACUGGCAACAGGACUUAGCUACAAUGCUUGAUCAAGUAGCUUCUAGCGGAGGUUUUGAAUCUAAUCUUCCUACCAUGGUGCCUUUCCCCCCUCUCUUCUCCAACGAUGAAAUUCGUGAUGAAUUAGAAAAUACAAUUGAGAAGGAACGACCUAACACGAUUUCACAGCAGGAACAACAUAUUGCUGAAUUCAAUGAGAAAUGCACGAGCCAGGAGGAACUUAUUGCUAGACUUGAGAAGGAUCUGAGCCUAUUCUCUUAUAAUUCUUCGUCGCUCCCGAAUAAAGAGGAUGAAAACUUGAGUACAUUGGAAGUGUUGGAGUCUUUAGACAAAAGCAUUUCUAUAAAAUCGGAAGAGGACGGAAGCGUAACUGCAAUUCUCACAGCCCAAAGAGAUCGCUAUCGUCAGAAAGUUGAUCAACUGGAAGAGGAUUUAGCCUUAGAAAAAACAAGACAGAGCGUUUUAAGCGCGGAAAUCGAAAAACUCAAAGAAGACAAUGUCAAAAUUUAUGCGAAAGUGAAAUUUCUACAAUGUUACGGAAAUAAUGGAGGUCAACAAGGAGACGUUGCCAUUUCAUUAGAUACAUCUACCAAUUACAAUGAUCAGUAUGAGAGGAAACUUGAUCCAUUCCGAAAAUUCCGACAACAAGAAAAUCAAAGAAGCUACACAAAGCUUAAAAUUCACGAUAGAGCAUCACUGAGCAUAGGUAAAGCCAUCUUGUCAUCCAGUUCGGCACGACUUAUGUUCUUCUUCUAUCUACUAUUUAUGCAUGUUUUAGUUUUUGUGGUUUUAUAUCGAUUCGCAUACACAGAGUCCUGUGAUCGCGAUUUCCAACAGGAUUGUGUGGAACGGUUCAGUCAGCACAUGAAACAACAUCAUCAUACAGAUUAA